GUUUCGUCGCGUAAUGUCGAAGAGUUGGUCCAACUGUUGAAGAAAGAGAUACUGAAAACGCAGAGCGAAUCCCAGGGAAGCAGCGAAGAGACCAACAAAUAUCGGCAACUAUUGGUCGGAACUCUGCACUCGAUAUGUCUUAAAUACCCGGACGUAAUGGCAUCGAGUAAUUUGAUGGCCACUCUGUUUGAGCUGUUGACCAACGCCGACGACGAGACCACCGCUAUUCUGGUGAUUGUCUUCACGCGGGAAUACAUUCAGAAGAAUUUGAACCAAAAGAAUUUGAUUGUCUCGCGAAUAUUGGAUGUGUUUCCGACCAUUCGUAACGUGAAAGUGCAUCGCGGCUUGAUUUGGGUGUUGGGAGAGUUCUGUGACGAAGACGAGACACAGAUACUGGAGGCCAUGGCUAUCAUACGCGCCGCCAUCGGAGACAUCCCUAUAGUGGAGGCGGAGCUCAAGAAACUGGAGAACGGAGUGGACGGCGAAGACUCGUCAACAGCGCCCGUUGCAGAGCGGCAACAGAACGCGGCGCCCAAUGCGGCCAAACUGGUGACCGCCGACGGCUCUUAUGCCACGCAAUCGGCGCUUAGCGUCAACACGAAGAGUGUGGACAAGUCGGCGAACGUACCGCCGCUGCGAAACCAUCUGCUGAACGGCGAGUUCUUUAUCGGCACAGCUCUGGCCAACUGUUUGGUUAAACUGGCGCUGCGUUACCGUCAAGUGGUCGGUGCGGGCAAACAGACGAACUCAUUUCUGGCCCAAUCGAUGCUCAUAUUGACGUCGAUUCUUCAUUUGGGAAAAUCCAAACUCAUUACCCAAACCAUUAAUGACGACGACUUCGAGCGCAUAGCACUCUGUCUAAUGAUUUUGACGCAAAUCUCUGCGCCGAAUGGCGUCAAUCCCGAAGUGGAGGCUCUCGUAAACACAAUGUUUUUGUCUGAAAUGCGCUCCUCAUUGGAGAGUAUGCUUACGAGUAGUAAAUCGGAGGCCGAAGAGGCCAAACACGCCGUCAAGUCUCGACCCAACAAAUGUGUCGAAAGUGACGAUCACUUGGUUUUCAGUCAAUUGAUGAGCAAAAACUCGGAAACCAUUGAGAAUCAGUUUGAUGUGAGUCUAUCGCAAGCCAUCGCCGGUAACGUCGGCCCCACAGCGACCACAAAUCUCGGCCAGAAGUCGUCGGUCAAUGUGUCGGACCUGUUGUCGUCGUCGAAGCUGUCGAAAGUGACCCAAUUGACCGGUUUCAGUGACCCCGUGUACGCCGAGUGCUAUGUGAACGUCAAUCAGUACGACAUAUGUCUGGACGUAUUGGUUGUUAACCAGAGCUCCGAUACCCUACAGAAUUGUACCCUAGAGUUCACGACAUUGGGUGACCUGAAACUGGUGGAGAAACCGCAACCCCUGGUGUUAGCGCCGCAUGACUUCGCCAACAUUAAGGCGUCCGUCAAAGUGGCCUCAACUGAGAACGGCAUCAUUUUCGGCAAUAUUGUGUACGACAUCUCUGGGGCCGGAUCUGACCGGAAUGUAGUGGUACUGAACGACAUCCACAUCGAUAUCAUGGACUACAUAAUCCCCGCGACGUGUAAUGACUCGCAGUUCCGGCAAAUGUGGGCCGAAUUCGAGUGGGAGAACAAAGUGACGGUCAAUACGGGCCUCACAGACCUGCAGGACUAUCUCAAUCACUUGAUUCAGUCCACAAACAUGAAGUGUUUGACACCGCAAAAGGCACUGUCGGGCGACUGCGGCUUUUUGGCCGCCAAUCUCUACGCGAAGUCCAUCUUCGGUGAGGACGCGUUGGCCAACGUUAGCAUCGAGAAGGCGUCGUCUGAGGCGCCCGUCAGCGGACACAUCAGGAUUCGGGCCAAAUCGCAGGGAAUGGCGUUGAGUUUGGGCGACAAAGUGAACGCCUCACAGAAGGCCGCCAAACCCGCGUAGAGUUGGUCUCAGGAGUCGAU